UUCUAUGCCGAUAGGUUACUUCGAUGUGCCUUGCUUGCCUUUCUUUGUGCAUCUUUCUUUCUCCCAUGCUUUCCGUUGGUCAACAACCAAAAAAAGGUAAAUAUCAUGAUUGGGUCGACUCGACCAGCCCGUCAGUCAGACCGGACUCAACUUGGAAGAGAUGCUCUAAGAGCUACGUACCAUGCCUUGAAUGCCUACGUAAAACCUCACAUGAAAGCACAUUACACAAGGUCACCCGAUGCUACACAGCGAAAAGAGGCCUUCAAAGCCCAAUCUCAUUGAAAGAGGAAAGCUGGUAAGCCAGUGAACUUCCUUCUUUGCUGAAUAAAGGAAUGAACCAUGGGGUAACCUAACUCGGCGCCUUACCCUCCACCCUCCCUAGCCCAUACCCUAGUCCGGUUCAGUUCUGUCUUCUAUUCAUCUCUCCCUGAGCUAAAAGAAAAACUAGCAGCUUCGCUAGCCUAAGAUGGUGCCUUACCUUUCUUCAGCUUGUAACCGGAUUGCUACUGGUUUGCUGGCAAAGCAUUCUCUCUUUUUCUCACAUCUCCACUCUUGAUCUUUCUUUGCUUAAAACACAGGAGAGCUAACUCGAUGAUCGACCAAGCCAUUUCACUAGAGGUAAGUAGAAUGUUUAAAAACCGAAAAGGUAAGACAGUCAUCUCACACGCCUAGCUAGAGCUUUCCUGGGAUGAACGAAAGCAUAGAGUUUAGCUAAGUUACUAGUUAGGAAGGAAGACCAGGCUCAGGUGAAAUUGUAGAUCUUUGGUUUUGUAAAAGGAAUAUAUUCAUUUUACUAUCUUAGCGAGUCACGAAGCUAGAAGGACGCUAGGGUCUUUGCUGCUCUUAAAGAAUGAUUAGUCUUAAAUGUAACGAAUUCUAUUCUACCCUUAGCUUACUUUGUACUUAAGACAUAAAAGAAUUUUUCGAGCCGAGCCAAGGUUCUGGUUCUGUCAUUCAGACAGUUUGGGAGAUCAGAUCAUGAAUCCUGAUCUUUCUCUUUAUAUAAAGUAAUUCUUGUAUUGACAUUCUCUUUAUCUGUCUCAUUGUCAUUAAAGAGAAGAGAUGAAACUGUCAUCUUAACAUACCAGUUACAAAGCUUCCAGGUAUCUUAGUCCUUGAUCUGAUCUCCUUCUGACUUAGCCUGUCUUAACACUUCUCAUGUGUAAAAGUGAUCUCCGCUCCUCUAUCACAGGUU